AUGGAAAUCAGCAAUCAAGAGCAGUUUCAGCGCUUCCUGGAUGAGAUGAACGGAGACUCCAAUGACAUCCCCCUUCGACCAGUCCUAGAGAGCAAAUCCCGAUACAUCUUGGACAGUUUCGAUAGCAACGACGUCGACGAAAUCUUGGACGGACUGUCCGAGGACAUCACCCUGGUUCUCGACACAAAGAGUCCCGGGGAAAUUAUCAAGGGAAAGCAGGAGUUGAUCUCCUACUUCGAGGCCCAACAUGCUCAGCAUACUUGGAUCAAGACGAUCCCAAUCAUCACCAUCGUUGACAGUGGCCGCAUCACCUGCUAUUCCAAACAGUGUUUUUGCGAAGAUGGUCUUGGGCUAAUGUCGACCAUGUUGAUCAUCUAUGAUCUCAACGCCUCACAAUUGAUCCAAAGAAUGGAGUACCGCAAAAUCGAAAAGGACUCGAAGUUUUGGGGCUCUGAUGGGGAUCUUUUGAUGAGUAAGGCAAAAGAAGAGACGAUCAGCGUUAAAUACGACAUUUGA